AUGUCCUCCUCCUCAAAGACUCGUCCUGCUGGGGUGCGUAAGCACCGAUACAAUCUUCGACCGCGCCCCGUGCGCCCCGUGCGCCCCGUGUGCCCUGUGCGCCCUGUGCGCCCCGUUGCCCCUGCCCCCGCCGCUGCUGCAUUUGGCCCCUGGGGGAAGUCUUGCACCAAGUGCAAGAAGUUCAAGCCGUGGAGCGAGUUCGUCCACAAGGUCGACCCGCGCAAGGUGACGGCACAGUGCCACACUUGCCGGGAGAUCUCCAACCGCUGCCACGCCAAAAACUAG